AUGAGUAGUUGUGACGCGACUGAGUGCGCCGUGGCAACAGGCCACACCGACAACGCGGCAACGGCGACGACAGCGCUCUUAUUGCCCCAUGCCAUUGACACUGAAGCGCCGUUGCUACACGAAGUGCAAGUCGACGAGUUCGCGGUGCUCACCGCCCGCCACGCCCAAGAAGAACGAGCGCUCACGCAGCUGCAUGAAAUUGAAGAUACGACGUACCAGGCCGUGCUGAGAGAGGCUAAGUACGUCGACGCGGACGUGGCCGACACGGCGUGCCCGACCUACUAUGUGGCGCUGUACCUCAAGCACAAGCAAGAGCAGCGUGCACUGCGCAAGAACCAGCUGGCCGAGUCGGUGCUAUUUUGCCGCGCCCAGCGCGAUCAAUACGAAGCGUUCGUGCGCCAGCAGGAGCGCGCACGCGCGGCGCUCGCGGUCAAGCAGCGCCACGAGAUGGAGCGCGCCAUGCACGACGCCGACGAACCGAUCUUUUUCGAGCUCCUGUACCGCGAGCUGCUUGGCGAUACCCUGGGCGAUACGUAG